CUCGCGUAAUCCCAUAUCAAAGUAUUAGGUAUGUCUGAGUGUUAAUAAUAGUUACUGAAAAUGAAACGACUAUUACAUUUUGUUACAGUAUUUUUUGUGUGCAAAGGUGUUACUUUAGAAAUAAGGGGGAGUGUGAUGAUAAACAAAUUGGCCAAAGUAAAACCAGUGGGUGCAGUUGUUAACAAAAAAUUUGUUCCUCUAACGGAAUUUCCGCCACCCCACGUUCCACACUCUCAUUCUGGCAGAAGACAUUUCGAAGACGAAUGCAGUAAACGGCCCCCAGCACAAGAAGUGUACGACGGGAAUAAAGUGAAUAUUAUAGGAGACUAUUAUGACGAUAAGGUGGCAAGAACCGUCGCUACUGUGAUCAUACCUGAUCAUAUCGAUUAUAAACAUUUCCAAGUAACUACACAAGUGCCGUACUUAACUUUGGGCGCAAUAGAAGCAUUAGGCUACCACCCAAGCACAUUAAAGAGUGAACAUCCUAGCGAAUGCGAAAAGAUCUAUCAAGACCAUAUUGCUGAAAUGUAUUCCGAUGAAACAACGGAUUAUUCGGAAGAGUCUCUGGAAAUGGCAAAAAUGCCCGUACAACCUAUGACAUCAUCUUUGGAACAGCGUUUGAAUUAUAUGUACGAUAAUGUGUAAACCCCUUAAUAUCUUUUGUACAUUUUUAUAUUUUAUAACAUUUUAUAUGAAUUAAUAAAGAAUAACGA